ACCGCGAGCAUCUCCGAGUUUUUUAUUUUAUUUUCUCACCUUUGUCGUUCAUUCCUCGUUCGAAAACGAUAAGGUUUGGAAAGAGAUCGAGUUGCAAGAAAAGUGUUAUCGGAUACGUUCACGAUUGGAUCAGAUGAAGGAUCGAAGCUGUGACAGAGUUGGUGCGGAACGACGAGAGUUCAGUGGUUUCGGGAUCGUUUAGCGUUCGAAUCUCGAAGGAUCUCGUAAGAUCUCGAAACUCCAAGUUUCGUGACUUUCACGCGUGAAUCGGACGGAUAAAUUGGUAAACGGUAUGUCGCGAAGUUUCCUCGUGGACUCGUUAAUCGGGAACAACUCGCCACCCGCCUACCCUCUGCCGUAUUACGGCAACCAAUUGCCCAGCUACAUGUUCAACUUCUUCAACCUUGGGCUGGGCUAUCAACCGAUAAGGCCGGUGCCGAGGCCACCCGCGAUGCCGGUCCCGGUCCCGAUCAGCCCGCCCGCUUUGGCCAAUUUACGCCCGAUGCCUGGCCAGAGCCCCCCGUCCCCUUUCAACACCUCCGCGAGCAGACUUUCCGACGUUUCAGCGGCAGGAGAGUCGCCGUCGCGCAACAGCACCCCGACGCCGCCCCCCAAGUCGCCCAAUUCCAUCAGUAACAGCUCCAAGAGGAUACGGACCGCGUUCACCAGCACCCAAUUGCUGGAACUGGAGCGGGAAUUCGCCUCGAACAUGUACCUGUCCCGGCUCAGGAGAAUAGAGAUAGCUACGAAUCUACGAUUGUCGGAGAAGCAGGUGAAGAUAUGGUUCCAAAAUCGGAGGGUCAAGUACAAGAAGGAGGAUCUUCCCUCGGGACAGAGUCAGAAAUGCUGUUGCCUUCGCACGUGCGGGAAGAGGAAGGAGGGGUGCGGUGUUGACGACUCGUCGACGAGUCGGAAAUGCGAGCAGGACGACGAGAGGUCGAUCGCGAGGAACGCGAGGACGGACAAAUCCGUGGACGGCAAUGUCGAGGAAACGUGCAACGUCGAGGCGGCGGAUCGUUUCGACCGCUCCAUCCCGCCUUUCCCCUCCUCUGUGGACAAAACCUCGAAACGGUUUCCGCGAGGGGAGGCGGAGGAGGGAUUGAGCGUUGCGGGGGUGAUGGGUUACGAGGGGGACGUUCACGGUUUGUCGAAGAGGAGGUUGGACGGGGACGGGGAGGAAACGGACGACAAGAAGAGACGGGUGGAUGGGUCGCCGUCGCUUUAUCAAAACGCGAUUCGAGACACUUCUGUCGCGCCUGUCGUGUUCAGGGGUAUAGGAUGCACCAAGCACACCGUGGACAGGAUCGUUAAUUCGUAGAAAAUAAGAUUCGUAGAAGAAGGAGGACUCGCGUUGUUAUUGUGUAUGCGAUCUACGUAAGUCUUGUAAAUAUUGUAUAUAUAAUGAUAUUUUUGUACGAUAGGAAGAGAAGAAAAACGCUGUA